UAAAGACGAAUCUACAAACAAAACACAAACAGACGGACGUAAAAGGCGAAGGUACCCAACUCUUCCAAUGUUCGAAAACUUCAACCACAAAGCCCUGCCAGGGUCCCCACCGAUGAGGACGAGGCGGCAGUCUGACCAAAGCAGUCCAUCGGGUCAUUUAACAGUGGGUGCCACGACUAACAACCCGUUCAUCCGGCCCAGGCGUUUCUCCUAUCCACGCAACGGCAUGGAGUAUCUGGACCAUCUCAUAGCGAAGCUCACACAGAUGGGCGAUGGUGCGGGCGGUGUCCAGCUGGCGGCCAUGGAUCUGGAGACACUGUGUCUUAGGGCUCGCGGAGUGCUGCUGCAAGAGCCGGCGUUGCUGGAGAUUGAGGCACCCGUGAAUGUGCUGGGCGAUAUUCACGGACAGUAUGAGAAUCUGCUGAAGUACUUGGCGGCGGGUGGAUAUCCACCAGAGGGACGGUACCUGCUACUGGGCGACUACGUGGACCGCGGCAAGAACUCCAUUGAGACGCUCACUCUGCUGUUGGCACUGAAGGUGCGCUACCCGAACCAUUUCUUUCUGCUGCGAGGCAACCACGAGUCCUCCAACCUGAACCGCGUCUACGGCUUCUUCGAUGAGUGCAAGCGGCGCUUCACGGUCAAGAUGUGGCGCACCUUCGUCGACUGCUACAACUGUCUGCCCAUCGCUGCGGUGAUUGAGAGCACCAUCUUCUGCUGCCACGGCGGCCUCAGUCCCGACCUCUUCAGCCUCGAUCAGAUCCGAAACAUUGCGCGCCCCUGCGACAUACCCGAGUCCGGGAUGCUGUGCGAUCUGCUCUGGUCCGAUCCGGACUUUGUCAACUACGGUUGGAGGCCGAACGAUCGCGGUGUGAGCCACACCUUUGGCGCGGAUGUGGUCACCGCCUUCAUGCUUCGUUUUCACUUCACCCUUAUGUGCCGCGGCCACCAGGUCGUCGAGGAUGGCUACGAGUUCUUUGCCAAGCGGCAGCUCAUCACCAUCUUCUCGGCGCCCAACUAUUGCGGGCAGUUUGACAAUGCGGGGGCCAUGAUGUCAAUCGAUCAGGAUCUGUUAUGCACUUUUCGCAUCCAGCGGCCGAUAUCCUUGCGACGAUUGACUUAUCCCAUGCAGAAAUGAUGCUCUUAAUUUGGAUAUUU